GUGGGAGUGACGUCAUCACUCCAACUUCCUCCAGGGCAGCUCGUGGCUGGUUGGAAUCGGCUCCGUCGGAGCCGAACUUCGCUAACUUCAUAAAGCUUUCUGCCUUGGUUAUUUUCUCUUCAUUUCUUAAUUACCUGUCCUAGCUGUAUCAUCAUGUCUGAAUCUUUUGCCCUUCUCCGCCGUCGCCGCAGCGACGAGCUUGCCAAACUUGCCGAUGAGCAUCUGCAACACGAUCUCCAGGCCGACGAUCGGGAUGCACUCAAGUCGGCUGCUUCCACCGUUUCCUUCUGGGCUACGAUUGGAUCUGCGGCAGGCCUUGGGCUUGGGUUGUAUGCUGCUAUUCGGCUACGAAGCACUCGCAAGGCGUUCUUCGCAGCCGUUCGAGCGCAGGAAAGGCCUACCAAGGUCGUCUUUGCGGAUGGACGUACCGAGCCUAUUCCGGAUUUGACGCCAUUACUGAAGCCCACGACUCUCGGAGACGUUGCAACGUAUUUCUUUGCUUCGCUCGGUGGUCUGUUCUUGGGUGGAGAGCUAGGCUUUGCGGGAGGAGCAGCCAGUGGAAGCCGCCGCAUUACAGCUGAUCCGGAAAGGAAAAAGCGGAUCGAGACUGCUUUUAGAAGGUUCAGAGCUGAUGUCCUUCGAAGAGAAGCGGAUUCCCUGGAUAAGGGCGCCAACGUUUCAGAUAUCAUGUUCUAGCUUCUCGGUGCAUCGGCCGAAUAAUAAACAAUGAAGAUUUUUGUCUCAAUUCCUCACUGGACCGUGCGGCAGUGGGCAGUAAAUCUUGUCUCCGCAGGCUUCACUGUGCAAUAAGCUCUAAACCUAAACCCAUCGGCGCUUUCUCAUUUUGCCAUAUUGGAUGGAU